UUCAAAGGUAAGUAAUACAAAAGUACACGUAAUGUCUUGUAUUUACAUCAUGUUUUAGAAGAAACUUUGAUUACACACAGAUUGUUUUUUAUGUAUGUAGAUCUCAAUGACUUGGUUGUGUUGUAUUUUUUUUAAAGAAUGAUAGUUUAUGAAAAAUGUAUACAACAUGAAAACAAUACUGCACUUGUUUAUGUAUUUAUUAAAUUCAUCUACACAAAUACAACAUAUAUCUUUUGUCCAAAAUCACAGACUAUUGUCAGUAGGAAAAGUCCACCAAAGGACAGGCACAACAGUUUUGGGAUUUUUAUGUGAAUUUUUAUGUUUACCAGUGUAGUCUUUUGACCAAAUUUAGGGAAAAACUCUGAGAACUGAAAGAAUCAAUCAACAAUUGUUUCCUUCCACUAAAACAUCGAGAGAGUUUUUUUUUUUGUUCGCUCUUCAACAUGGUAGUCAUAUUAAACAGGACUAGAAUCUUAUUAGGAGCUACUGUGAACUGUACCACAUUGUAAUAAAAAAACAAAAAACCAAAGUGAAAGUGAAAGCAUCCCUGAAUAAGUGUUGCAGUUUCUGGGAAGCUCGGUAGAAAACUGAGACUGUUUCCAUGGAUGCAUCAGAGUGAAAGUAUCUGUGACUGUCUGUGUUUUUGCUGCGUAGCUACAUCAACAGCAUACAAGGAGUUUAUCAAGGUAAGACAAAAAUAAACCGUUGUUUAUCUGUGUUCUGUAGCAGCAGAUCUACCAAAUCCUCACAAAAAAACAACAGUCUAAUGUGAGCAGUGAUUUCCUCUGGGGUACGAGUGCCUCACAGCCGGGUUUGUGUGAGAACUCACAGGAGUGUUUAGCUCUAGCCGACCGUGAGAAGCAGUGGGCGGGGCCUUUCACUCUGCGUUGUACUGGCACCAGGUUGAGGAAGAGACACCUUGUUUUUAAGCUUAGGUCUUACACAGUAGAUCAGCAGAUGCAGGGCUGUGCCGGUGUGGAAGUACACACAGCUGUACACACAGUACUACAUACAUAACUGCUACUGUGGGAUAAGUAGCUCUCAGUGGUGUCUGAUGACGCUCUCCUGCUGCAGGGUUGGUACCGGGGAUCUGUCUGUGUUGAUGACUCACUGACUCCUGUCACCUGACCCCCCAGCCCCCACACACACACCCCCCGGAGAUCGACUCUGUGCUGCAGUUGGAAACUCCAUGGCUUCAGGAGGUGGUGGUGAUGGUGGUGCUGUUUUGGCAAAGGCGGAAGAUGAAGGAGUUCCACAGUUUGGUGACAACAUGCACACACUCCUGCAAGCGGAGCGUCCAGAGGUCAAGGAAACUAUAAACAGCACCUGGAGAAAUGCUCAACUCACCAAGGAUCCAGUGAUGCACUGCAGGGAGAAUCGAGUCAAAGCUCAGCUGAUGGCGAGCGGCCGACUGGAGGCGACCAGAGUUCAACUGCAGCGGUGCCUCCAGCAGGCCAUCGACUUAUUCAGCAGCAAAGAGAUUUCACCGACACAGGCGCAGAGGAAACAGUGGGCGUUAGAGAUCCUACAGCCUGUCGUCCUCGAGGGGUUUCUGGAGGCUGUGGAACAUUGUGCGACUUUCUGCUCUGAGAAGCAGCUUGAGGAUGUGAUGUUCCUCUCUGAGUCAGUCCGACAGCAGUGGGAGGUUGUUUGCAUAGAAAUGUCUGCUUUUGUUCCAGACUUGUGGUCAAAGAUCAGAGAAGGAACUCCAUCCUGGUCUGUUGGGCAAAGUACAACCACCGAGCGGUCAGACCAGGAGGUUUCCCGGCGUCAACAGGAUGUGGUGGAUGAGGAGAGAUGUGUGGAAGAAGAAGUGGAGCAGCUGAAGGAAGUGGACAGAGCAGAGGAGACACGACUCACUGACACGGUUUCAGAGCCGACGGCUCACAGCAGGGAACGUGAUCACAGAGGAGUCGCUGGGCUGAGAGCGACUGACACGACGCAGGACACACAGAGAGACGGCGGUCUGUCACAGAAACCAAACUGGGACCACGAGAAUCAAAGUCCCCGUCCUGACACGGACUCACAGUUACUGCAUGAUCAAGCCCUGCCAAUGGGAUGUCAGGACACCGGGACAAAAAGGAAGGACGGAGCCACAGAAGUCGGAGCUGCUGAGUUCACACUAAACCAACGGUCUUCACAUGAAGGAGCAGAGGAGGAGGAGCAGCUGAGGACUGAUCCAGGACAGGUGACAGGGAGCAGUGGGCAGUCGCACCGUCAUGUCCAGGUGGUCUUCAGAAGGGACACGCUGGAGACAGGGCGGGGGGCAGAAUUGAACACCCUACCAGGGACUGAUGCUGCACCUGCACCACCACCACAGGAAGACCGUCCCUCUGAACAGGAAGUACUGCAAAGGAUGACAUACACAGAGAAACCCACUGAACUGAUGGGCUCUGAAAAUGAUCCCAUGUCCCUGGCAUCACUCGGGGUUACCAAUGACUCGCUGGAAAAUCAAGCAGAGCAGAGCAGUGAAACGGAGGGACGAACCCUCAAACCCACAGCCGCCCCUGAGGUUCUCCCCGGUGGUGCCGUCGUCACUGACCUCCAGCAGUUCAGGCAGCAUCUGAGGGACGUCAAGUUUGCUGCUCAGGCCGUGGAUCAGUUCUUGGCCAUUGUGAGGGACGUGGAGGCCAAGAUCCCGGUCCUCCUGGCGGACCUGGACACGAGCCGGCAGCAAGACGAGGCCGAUGAGAAACUGGCGAGACAACCCCAGACGACAGGACCACGCCAGGGGAACGAAGACGAGAUGAAUCCAAGUCCCUGUCUAGCAGAGGCUGCAGGUGAUGCACCGCAGCAGGAGGUGACACUCGAGGAAGAACCUUCUCCUCCUGUCCCUCUAAGUGAGGUGGGAAAGGAGACAAGGCUGGAUGUUGAAGUUAAUCUCCUGGAUGGAGAAGGAGAUUCAAACAGGGGCGGGAAUCAAGAGCAAACAUCACAGGUGUUGAGGUCAAACGAAGAUGCUGAGAAACAGAGAAGAGGAAGAAGAAGAAGAGGCCAGGCCAAGGAGAAGGAGGACUUCCUCCAGAGGAGAGCAGCUCUGGUCACAGCACUGAGGGACGUACAGGGAGCAGCUGAAUGUCGGAAGCUCCAGGAGGCCACACUUCCUGCUCUGCAGCGCAGGUCACGUGUCCUGACAGAGCUGGAGCUCCGACUCUCCGGCCUCCUCUCUGAGCUGCAGUUCAUCCAAGCUUCACCGUCAUUAAGUUUCUGUCCCAACAGUGAGGUGCUGGAGGUCUGGCAGGAGACCAGAAGAGUCGUCAGUGAAGGGUUGGACCACUGCCACUUCCUCGCUGAGCUGAUGAAGAGGUUCCAGGGCCUGCGAGCGGAGCUGAGUGGGAAGUUGCAGGCAGCAGAAGCUACCAUCAGGGAACGGAGGUCGUACGUGGGCAAAGACAACCUGCAGAGGUUAUACUUUAAGGUCCAGGAGGUCAAAGGUGAGCUGCAGCGCGUUGGCUCCACCAUUGAGGAGGUGCGCAGGGUCUGCAGGCAGCUCCACACUCACCUGCGUCACAUGACACAGUGUGACGUCGUCCAGUUUGAGAAUGAGGCCGACUCCCUUAGGGACAGCUGGCUGGAUAUCUCAGAGAGAACAGAUUCCCACCUGGAGAACCUGUACCUGGGCAUGACUCUGUGGGACGGACUUCUUCAGCUGAGAGUGGAGGUGGAAAAGUGGACGGACAGUAAGCUGUCCUUGUUUGUCCAGUCUCCAUCGUUCCAGUCAGAGGAGGACAUUGAGACACUGCAGAACGAGUUUGCCGUCCAGGAGAAGAACGUGGAGCAUUUUGAACGAAGAAUCACUGAGGUUCAGUCUUUGACCAACAGCACAGAUCCACCACUAGAACUGCAGAUGGCUGUGACACAGAUGAGGAAGAAGUUAGAGGAGCUGAAGGAACUUGUUUCAGAAGCGGAGGAUGUCUUCAGGCAGAUGGAAGCCGUGAAGAGACAAAUCACCGCCAGGACGUCCGAGUGCUUCGAGUCUUUAAAAGAGAUCCAGGAUUCUCUGCACAGUCUGGGUGGUUCAGACGUUGUCACGACCCGAGCAGAACUAAAGGGUCUGUCUCUGGAGCUGAAGACCCAGGAUGAGCAGGCAGAGGGUGUUCUGGAGGACCUGCGGCUGUUGACCUGCAUCUCCAGCGGCGACGGUCUGGAGACUCUGUGUGUAGCAGUCAUCCAGCUGCAGGAGGAGGUGAAAAACACACAGCUGCUCCUCACUGAGGCUGAGGAACAGACACAGAGGAACGUCCAGGAUGUGGACAGUGGAGCAGUUGAAGCCCAGGCCUGCCUCUUCCUGCAGGUUGAUGACGUCGUAAGCCAGCAGAGGGAGCUAGACGGCAGCGUCAGAGAAAUCCUGCCGCUUCUCCAGGGGAACAGCAACCAGGUCUCCAGUGUUCAGAGACAGCUGAAAGACGUGUAUGAAAAAGAUAGAAAUCUGUGUUUUGACCAAGAAGCUGUUGGUGACGUGAGGCAGCUCAAAGAGCAGUGGCGCACCCUACAGGAUUUUGAUCGUAGACUGAUGGAGAUGUCUUCAAGCGUCUCAGAAGAAACGCGUCCUGCAGAUGUGAUUUCUACUGUGGACAGAGUCACAGAAGACUUUCACAGCCUACGGUCAGUUUUUCUUCAAAAGAAGCAGGAGUUUGUAGAAAACGUCAGGCAGCUGCAGCUCUGCCAACAGACGACUGUGGCUGAACGUCUGCAGCGUCAGCAGUUUCUCAGAGACGUCCUGUCAGACACUGACGUCCUUGAAAACAUUUUUGGAGCAGAAGUCGCGAAGGAGCUGGAAACAAAUGUUUCAGACGCUCUGAAUGAAAGCCUGGUUUCAUGUCUUGCCUCAUCUUCAAACUCAAUGGUAGAAGGUCAAGGUGAUGAGGAACUGGAUGAUAAACAGACCUGUGGAGAAAACGGUGAACCAUCAUGUCCAGCUGCUGCUCCUCCAGAGUCUCCUCCUGUUCCUGUAGCUGUGGAGGACUCCUCUGAAGAUGAUGAUGACAACAAGAUAAGAACCCAAGAGGCCUCCACUCAGCUGACCACAGAAGGAUUUAUGCUGAAACAGUCGGAAAAAAACAGUAUUUUUACAGAUGGAGACGACGUUUCUGUCGAAUGUUUACUAACCUUCCUGAAACCCCAACAGAAGUUUCCGACAAGUAUGCAGUCGUCGUCCGACUCUAAGUCAAAUAACGAUAGUGGUUAUGAUAAGAAGGUGUGUUUUAGAAAUAAAAUCACAACAACUGGUGCAUCAUCACUAUCACAUCCACUUCUUGGUCCCACCCAGAGCCUACCAUCUCGGCAGGAAGACAGUAUUUCUCUGUCAGCCACGACAGGAAAUACCGGCACAAUCAGUUCAUCUCCCCGUGACACAUCCACGGCAGCAACGUGUCACAAUUUUGCCGUUUCCAAAAGUGGAACUGCAACAGUAUCAGAACAGUUUGAAAGAAUGACAGAUUCUUAUGAACCUGAGGAGGAAAUGAGUUUGACUCCAAAGAACCUGUUUUCAAUUAUGUUGGAAAUGGAGCCACGGCAGAAGCAGAAGAAUAAAAAUGAGCUAGAGUUCAGCCGCAGAAUCCCUGAGGAGAAGUUGGAUCUUCUGACUUCAGCGUUCGAUGCUGAAUCAGAUGAAACAGACUUUGUAGAGAAUCAUCUGGCAGAACAGGCAGGAGGUGGAGAAAAAAAACAGGGUUUCAGUUUGAGACCCAGGAAGAAGUUUACAAUAAUGGUGGACCUGGAGUCACCUGUGUACCAACAGGAGGUGCGUGGAACCAGCUGGUACGAAGAAGACACGUCUCACGUUGCGUUAUAUCAUCCUGGAACAGAUGAGUCUGACUUGAAGGCUGAUUCUUUACCGACUCCUGAAACUGAAGCAGCAGAGACGGAGUCAAAUGAGGUAAAAUCUACCGGUGCCACAUUAUUAAGAACCCCCCAGUGUCAGACCACGUCUCCAGGUGUCAGACCGGAGUUGACAGCUUUCUGUCACACUGUGAAGCCAACAGUCCUGAGUGUUGUCAAAAGUUCAGUCCAGAGCGGAGUUGCCGUCACCGGGAGCCACUUACCUGCUGUGGCUGACAGCCGGCAGACGACGGGAGCUGCUGACGCUGCACAGAGCACGGCUGAAGAACGUGCCGAGUCGGCAGAAGGAGGAAACGCAGAGAGAGGAAGAGGUUCUUCUAAAGGCCCGCGGUCCGAACUUCAGGAGGAGGGAGAUGGAGGAGGAGAUGCUCUACAGCUGGAGGAUGAAAGUGACGUCAGGUUAACAGCGUCUCUGGAGGACACUGAGGGAACACACAGACAGCCUCACAUGCCACCAGACGAAGAAGAAGAAGGAGACACGGAGCCUGGGAGGACGGAGCUGGGUCUGUCGUCCGAGGAGAAAAUCACGUUCAGUGCCGACACAUCCGUCAUCAUGCUGGGCGUUUGGUCCGACAUACAGAGUUUGGUGGAAAGAAGCAACAUCAUAAAUAGGGCGCCACAUGUCGAUUUGAAUUGGUAUCUGAAGUCCUCUCCGGGCGAACCAGAGAUCCGGAUGACACGAACUGUCCAGCAGAUCCUGGCAUGUCGAUAUCGACCGGCCCAGCUUGAUGCUAAAGCUAUGGCUCAACAGCUGGAGGAGGCAGAGGAGUUCAGGUCCCGCAUGGAGAAGAGUGUGGCCGACAUGAAAAGCGUGAGUUCUGCUCAGGACUGUGACCCGAACACCUUGAGGCGAGCUGAAGGUCAGUGGAGCGCGGCCCUGUUAGACGCCUCCGCCACGGUGCAGGUGAAAGCAGCUCAGCUGGACCAGGUGAAACGAUAUCACAAACAGAUGAAGAUGCUCAGAGCUUUCCUGCAGGUCUUAGCUGCUGAGAAGGAGAACAUGAGCCUAAAUGCUUUGGGGAGCAGCGCCGUUCAAGCCGAGAAACUUCAAGCCCUGCUGAAAACCAUGGAGCACAAGAAGGACAUGAUGGAGAAGCUCCUGAACUUGAGCAGCCAGUGUUCCGUUCACUUAAGCGAUUGUGAAAGUUCUGGCGCUCUCCAGGCCCAACUUGGAGAUGUUCGAGAGGAAUGGAGGCUGUUGGAGGGAAGUAUCAAGAGAGCUUUACGACACGCCACCAACUCUGCCUUGCAGUCAUCCGUCAUUAUUAAAGAGGCUGAAGGUCUGAGGACCAAGCUUGAAGAUCUCAAGAACUUAAGUGUCCAAAGCAGCGACAACAAAAGCGCCCUGGAACUAGUCUGUCUGUCCACUGACGUUAAACUUUACAACCAACUUUAUCAACACCAGAAAUUCCAGUUUGAUUCUCUUGUCCAUUUUUCUCUGGGUCAAAAAGAGAAGGAUGAAAUCCAAAGAAAACUUAAGGAGCUGGAAGCAAUUCUGAAUGUCACCAGGACAUCAGUAGAUGCCUCCACAGAGAUCUUUGGAGGUUCUUCUUCGAUCCUCAUCAACAAGCAGCUGCAGGACUUGAUCGUUUGGGCCAAACAGGCAGAACAUCACAUCUGCGUCGGGAAGAAGUUGUCCCUUUUCCCAGAGGAGGCUCGGAGACAAAUUGUUGACAUGAAGAAAUUUCAGACUGACAUUUUAUCCCGACGCUCCAAGAUGCAGGCCCAGGUCGAUGAGAUGAAAGAAGAACUCUCUGACAUGGAAAGGGCAGAAGGUGACCAAGUGCUGAAGACGGUGGAAGACCUUUAUGAAGCUAUCGCCGACAGUUUAGCUCAUGUUCUUGACACCAUGAAGAAUAACCUUCAAAAGCGGGAGAAGCUGCUGUCCCAGCUCGCAAGCACGGAGACCUGGCUGGUGGAGUCACAUGCUACCACAGAUGAAGGUGCUGCUGUGGAGAACAUCUCCACGGAAGACGUUCAAAAGCUGCAAUUUGAAGCGGAGAGGCACAAAUUAGCCACGGAGGAGAUUCGAAAUCGGCUACAAUUGGUGGAAGAAAUGGCAGAAGGUUGCGAGGACAUCGCAGCGGAGCUAAGUCCGGGAGAGAGCCGAUACCUUGUCAAUCGGAUCUCAGGUCUCUGGACAGACUUAGAUGGUCUUCUAGCUCAUGAAGAAGCAAAGUGCUGGGAGCUGGAGGAGCUGAUUCAGGAGCGAACGUCCUCAGAUGAGGAGCUGUCGAGUAUUCUGGGUCAUUUGAAACAGAUUUCCAAAGAUUUGGAGAAACAGAGGUUUCCUUCUGCACAGGAGACCCUGUCGACGGUCGCCCGAGUGAUGCACAUGCUCAUGGAGAACCAGUGCCAGGUACAAGAGCUCCAGCACUGUGGUGAGGCCAAGAGGAGUGCUUUUCUGGGCUCCGUUGGAGAACUCCAGGACAGAUGCAAAGCUCUUAAUCUCAGUGCUUUCGAGCAGGAGAAAUAUUUGCACUUGAGGAGACAAAUGGAAGAGUCUGAGAACAUUGCCAAAGAGCAAAUCGAAAAAGCCAGAGACAAAGCCGUCAGUGUCGGCGAGAGGUUCAGACUGUGCCAAACGCUGCUGGUAGAACUUCCUCUGGUGAAGAUGCAGUGCCAGGAAGCUGGAGACCAGCUGGAGGCCAUAGCUCCGGAGCUGUACCCGUCUGAGCUGCGGUCAGAGCGGCGUAAGAUUCAUCGCACCGUGGAAACCUUGGUGUCCUGGGAACAUUCCGUCACGGAGGAGAUCAAACGCCUUGAGUCCAAGCUUCUGUCGAGACGAAGCUUUUCUUCAGAACUUUCAGAGAUAACGGAGCUUUUCCGUACAACCAAAGCUGAGCUGGAGGAACUGAGGACGGUGUGUCCAGAUGAGAGGAAAAUAGAUGGUGCACUAAGAAGAUACUGGGCCCUCUGGAGAAAUAUGCAGUCUGCAGUGAGGGUGUUGGAAGCUCUAGGCAGAAGUGGCCUGAGGAACUGUGAAGAGCUUCACCCACUGGUGGACCAGACCAUGCAAGAAUGUCACUCCCAAAUGGAGACUUUAUCCCAGGCCAGAGAAUCCUUGAAGGAUUACCAGUGGGCCGCUCAAGGAGCCAUCGUCUUUCUCCAUAACGCCGAGGCCACCUUUUUGUCAGCUCCAGGACGGUUCCUGGACUGCACUGAGGAACAGAGACAAACCCAGCAGGCUCUGGAAGCUCUGGAGGAUGGCUUCCAGGCUCACAUCUGCCACCUGGAAGAACUUGUCCCCCAGGAGCCCUGCCUCUCUAAACCUGAAGUCCAGCAACUUCACAUCAGCCUGGUCAGCCAGCUGUUGGUGGGCAGGGCCGUGCUGGAGGCUCAGGCUCAGCUCAGGCUGGAGUCUCUGCAGAGGUGUGUAACGGGUCAAAGAAGCCACAGGAAGUGGCAUGAAAACAUGAGGCAGCAGCUUUCUGCUCUUGAAAUCAGACUUGCAGAAUGCACCGCGGCUCAAGUGACGUCGUACGAGAAAUGCGUUGCCCAGCAAAAGGAAGCAACGCUUCUGAUGGAGGAUCUCUACAGCCUCGCCGUUAGGAUCGAGGACCUGAGGGCCGGGUGUCCCAUACAGGGGUGUGGUGACAGUAAAGAUGGUGAGCCGGGCGCCCUCUGGCGCCACUGGUCGUCAUUACGACGUGGCAUUGGCCUCUUGAUGGCGCAUAUAGAGCAACGACAAGAAGAGUGGAAGGACAUCACUACAAGUAUUGAGCAGUGUUGUAGUUUCCUGGCCCGUCUUCAGUCGGAGGUUCCGGACUCCUCCUCCGUGAGCUUCACUCAUGAAAAACCCCAGGAGCUUCUAGCUCAGGCCGAGGUCCACCUGGCCGGUCUGGAGCAGCAGGCCUUAUCGUCCCUGGAGCACCGACUGGAGCAUGCCCUGAGCCUGUCAGACUCCCAGGAUCCCAGCAGUCCAGGUCCUGUGGGGAGAACACUGGUGGAGAUCAAGGAGAACGUCAGGAGCUUGAAAGAGAAGAACCUGCUGGUUGUAGCUGCAGCUCAGGCAGAGGAGAAUAAAAGGAGCCGAGUCCAACAGGAGAUGGAGGAGGUGGAGAAAGACACACUCCACAUUCAAAACAAGAUGGAAACGUGUUUGAACCCCAGCCUACAACAGGAGCUCUGCAGGGAUUUGUUCUCCCAGAAGACCAGGCUGAGGAGCAUCGUGGAGGGUUUGCAGAAACAGUACACGGAGAUCCCUGCAGAUCUGAGCCAACAUCUCCGACAAGUGGAGCUGUCUCUGCAGAGAGCAGAGGAGAAGCUGAUGGAGGGAAAUAAUCCUGUCGGUAAGUUGGCAGGUCGAGUCGUGGAGCUGGGCUCAGGCCUGGAGAGAGUGAAGGACUUACUGGAGCAGAGGAGUCCAACAGUCGGUGAAGCUCAGCAGGUCCUCAGGCUGGUCUGGGAUGAGCUGGACUCGUGGCACAGUCGGCUGAUGCUGCUGGAAAGCGAGGUGCAGGAUCUGGCCGAGGAGCAGCCAGCUCAGGCCCACGUCCUCAUGGACCACCUCACGCAGCCACUGCAGCUCUAUCAGAACGCAUCACAGAUGGCGGAGAACCGCACGUCCUUCCUCAGCAAGAUCCCCGUGUGUAUAAAGGAGUUUGAAGACAUUGUGUACAGCGCCUUCUGCUGGCUGGAUGAGGCACAGGCAUGGCUCAGUGCUCCCUGCUCAUUCACAACAGCCAAAAGUCUCCAGAAUCACGCAAACUCCCUGCAGCUGGUCCUGGACGACUCAGAGAGGAUCAGGGACAUGUUGCAGAACUUCAGGCCGGUUCUGGACGAGAUUUCUGCCGUGUGUGACGUCAGUGCCCAGGAGGACACGCUGAACCAGAAUGACCAAGGAGUCCAGGAGAUGCAGCGCCACCUGCUGGAGCCAUUGGCGCAGCUGCUACAGGCUGCUGUGGUGGUGGAAGAGAUGGAGGGCGAACUCAAGGCCAUUGAGAAGAACAUUCAAAAAAUCAGAACAAUUUUGUCCUCUGUGGACGACGCCAACAUAACGACAACAGAACAUCUGCACAACCGACAGGUGAUCCUGGCCAACGUGGCGUCGAUCCACAGGACGAUGCAGGAGAUGGAGAGAUGUAAAGAUGAACUCCCUCUGCCACGAGGAGCAGAGGAGAGUCUGCUGGUCUUCUCCAGAGCUAAACAGCUGCAGCAGCCGCUGCAGGAGCUGGAGGAGCUGACCCUACAGCAGGCCUCGCAGCUGGAGAACAAGAUCAGAGAGCAGGAAGAAACCAUGGUCCAGCAGGCGGAGUCUUCUCUGUUGGAACACUCGGUCCAGGAAACUUUUGCAGUGUCUAACCCAGAGGAAGAGCAGGAGGAUGAUGAUGAUGACGACGAGAGUUGUCACUCUUCAUCCUCUGACACACUAACAUGCAGUAUUCCAGAGGACCCAGAGGAGACGGUCAUUAGUUUGAAAGUGAAAAAUGAGGAUUUUGACAAAAAGACCCCGCUCUCACCCGUCAAGGAGGUGAAGGUUUGGACUCCAGCAGUGGAGAUGAGCUCAACCGGAGCUGAAGCUCAGCUGUGUUCACAACCAGCAGGAUGUGACAUCACGGAUUUGGCUUCUAGGAAAGCCUUUAAAUCAGCUGAUGCUGAAGAGGAGGCCACUGAUGCCACUUAUAACCGCGGAGCGUUUGACUCGGAACAUCUUGAGAAGUUCCUUCAGGCUGUAGCUGCAGUGGGAGACACAAGACUGGUUCCCGUGAGACCCGUAACUCCUUUCACCGCCUCCACUGGAGAAUCAGCUGAGCUCCUGGAUGAGGAGGUAGAUGAAGAGCUGACUCCCUCCACAGCUUUACAUCGAGAUGUGGACAACCUUUCUGGUCAGAAAGAGAAACGUCUGUCUUCCAGUUGUAACAAUCAGAGACUGGAGAAGUCACAACAAGUUCAAGACUCAACAGAGAUGGAGUUCAGUUUGGUAGAACAUGAAACUGAGGAGGAGGAGGAGGAAGAUCAGAGACGAAGGCGACUCCACGACCAGAUCUCUGAAACGCUGACCUUUAUAAACAAGGCACGCAAAGAACGCCGGACCGAAGCUGGUUCUGACCGAGAGACUGGUGACAAGCUUCCAGACCGGAGGUCAGAAUCCAGGACCACUCCUGUUGUUCUGGAGGAGAUCCAGGAGACCACGUUCUUGCUGGGACAGUUGUUGAGGUCUGAAGAUGGUUCUGAUCCAAAUGUGAAGCAGGAGAAACUCUACGAUGUUCUACGGAGGUUGGGCCUCUGCCUGCAGGAUUGUGAGAACCUUUUGUUGCCACCUGGUGGCACUGGAGGUGGUGACCAUGAUCAGCUGAGGCUGCUGCAGCAGGAGUGUGUAUCAGCAGAACUGACCACUUUGGCUGAACUCCUGACUAAAGUGGAACCUGAGACCAGGUCUGUAUGUUCCAAAGAGGAUCCAGACGCUCUCGGCUGUCUGACCCGCCUCCAGGAUUGUCUUGGUGCCCUUCAGCCGCUCCUCACCUCAUCCAUCAAACGGCUCGCUGGGCGUCAGGGCCUCCAAACAAAAAAACCGGUUGGAUACACUUUUUUUAAAUUUUUUUUUUUUUUUUUACUGCCUUUUAUAAAAGGCCAAGUACGAACUCUACAACUUUUGCUGCGUAUCGUUUUUCUCCCUCAGUUCUUCUUCAGGCGGCUGAAUAUUUUGGAGGAGUUUGAACCAAAAUCCACUGAAUCCUUCCCGUCUCUAACGGAUGGUCGUGGUCUGGAGCUGACAACAUCAGCACAGCGGUGUGUCCUGGGCCGACAUCUGAGGGAGAGUCCAGGGGAAAAAGCCAAGCUGCAGCAAGCAUCCUGGGCCUGGCUUCAGGGGAUAACUCACCUCCUGGAAGUGGGCGAAGAGUGCAUAAAAGAGAGGCAGAUGAGCCAGGUUCAGAGCCGUGGCCAACUUCAAGACGUCCUCUGCAGACAGCAGAAGCUCCUGAGGAUCCUCUGGUCUCACCUGGCUUUUGUGCAGCGUCUGUUCCAGUGUGAAUCAGAAUCACUCCAGUGUCAAGAGGAUGAGAGGCUUCAGCUGGAAGUCAGAGCCAGAGCGUUGCAGCAACAGGCUCUGGGACAGGAAGUCGCUGCUCAAAGGAGGCUGCAGGAGUGGACGAUCUGGGAGGAUACCUGGGGCCGACUGGGGCCGAAGCUGGAUGAGGUUGAAACCCUCAUCAGCGGUGGAGAUCCGGGGGGAGACGACGAGGAGACUGGAGUGCAGCAAAGACUGGAAUCUUAUCAGGAAACCCUGGUGCAGCUGGAGCAGAGCAGACCUGCUGUGGGCCAACUCCUGGACCUGCUGAAUUCAGAGCCGCCUUUAAACCCAUCAAGCAGCCGGCCAACAGGAGGCGCUCUUCUACUGCGCUGGAAAAACGCUCUGAGACGGACAAAGCAGGAGACUCGGCGCUGCAGAGACGUCCAGGACACCAGGUCCAGAUUCCACUCGGCCUUUUCCUCGCUCAGUAAUUGGCUGCUCGCUGCCAACGAACGUCUGAAGUCGUGGUCAGAGCCGGAGCCACAGAGUGUCCACGACAGUCUGAUCAAGAUGCUGGAUUUCUCCGUGGAGGUGGAGGCCGUGUCCACUCAGAGGACGUCUGCCUGCCGAGAAGCCACUCGUCUGAUGAACCUGAGGGACGCCGACUGUCCUGAGCUCAGAUCUCAGAUCAGCCAGCUGGAGGAGGCCUGGAACCAGCUGACCUCUGACCUGUCCGAGACGCAAGAGCAGACGCAGAAGCGUCUCCUGGCUCGGCUGUCACCAGAGGAGCUGCUCCCUGACGUGGACGCCUGGCUGAAGAAGUUGGAGGCUUCAGUCCUCCAGCAGAAAGAAGCGUAUCUCAAGGCAGAGAACGCUGCAGAGAUCCAGGAAGUCCUUCACAAAUACAAGGCGUUAAAGGCGGGUUCUGUCAGUGUCCAGCUCCUCCUGGACUUCUUCUCCGAGUCUGGACCUCAGGCUGCAGGAGCAGACCUCCAGGUUCUCAAGUCUGAACGCAUCAUGUUUGCAGAGAAACUUGAUGACAUCAGACACCAGUGCCUACACCUGCAGGGGGAGCUGCAGAGCCAGAUCUGUGGAGCUCAGCACCUCCAUGACACGUGUGCCGUCAGAGAGAAGAAGCUGGAGCGUCUCAGUGGUUGGAUCGAGGAGCAGAAGGAGCAGCUGAAGCUGUGGGAGCAGCCCACCAGUCUGACUCUGACUGGGAGAACUCUGGCAGAGUGGGAGGUGGUCGGAGACGAGGUGAAGGAGGUGGCUGGGAGUUUGCAGGAGUUGAAAGCCUCACGAGUGCAUCCUGAACAGGAAGAACUGAGUCCCUGUGAUGCUGCCUUCUCAACAGAGGCAGAGAGAGUUUCUGGUGCCUGUGUGGAACUUCAGCAGCAGAUGGAAGGUUUGAAACCAGCGCUGCUGCAGACUGUCGAGGCCUGGACUCAGUUGGAGAAAGAUGUCGAGCAGUUUGGUCUGAAGACCACGGAGAUGCGUUGUCUUCUGCGGCGUCUGCGAGCUCCUUUCUUCUCCCUGGAACAGGCAGAAAGUCACACGGCGCUGCUUCAGCAAGUCCAAAGGAAAGCAGAGAAAGGAAAAGAGUUUUGGUCAGAUGUGGAAAAAUCACUCCUGAGUCUGGUGACGGCUCUACAUUGUCAAACUGCCCAGGCACUGAGUGACCGAGUGAAAGGAGAGCAGAGGAGGUGGCAGGACACAGUGCAGCAGCUGGAGGAGGAGUGUGUGAAAAGUGAAAACACGGCGUCUCUGUGGCAGGAGUACAGUCGUCUCCGUGAGAGCUCCUCCGCUCGACUAGAAGGUUUGAGGCUUCAGUGGGAGGAGCUGCUGGAUUCUGUUGUGGACACACAGGCCGUGGUCCACACGGUGGAGAACUUACAGGAGGCUCUGGACGACAUGCAAAGCGACAAGAAGAAAACACUGGAAGCUUCCAAACGUCUCAUUGCACAGCUCGAACCACUGCCUGCAAAUUUGAUCCAAUCAGAGAGCAGCUCCCUGUCACGAGACAUCCUGCUGCUGACUCAGGCAAUUUCAGGAAAAAAGAAAAGCCUGCAGGAGGAUUUAAUAAACCAAAAACAUCUUCAUACAAGUUUGGAGACCCUUGAAAAGCAGACACAGAACAUCAGAGAGAAACUGAAUUCCGGUUUAAAAGACAAAGACUCAGUAACGCAGGUUCUGUCGGCGCUCCGUGUUCUCUCUCCAUCACUGAUUGAUGCCAGCGACCGUUUGACGGAUGACAAACGGGACGCAGAGCAACUGCACGCGCUCAACAGGAAGUGGAUCCAAAGCUAUAACCAAGCAUUCGACAUGAACAGGAAGCUUCAGUGUGAACGUCAGCGCCCCCUAACCUUUCAGGACAGGUGUGAGGAAUUGACAGGUUUAAGAGAUAAAAUCCAAGAGGAAUCCAGGAAACCUCAGAGUUUCUGCUCUCAUCAGGAGGUUCUGAGUUUUCACCAGAGACUCGAGACCGAAGUGAACACCGGCGACCGACUGUUACGGCAGAUUCUCUGUGACGCAGUGGAGUCCAUGGGAAACGAGACGGACGAGAAACGGUCUGACACGUUGGCACAAGCAGUAAAUAUGAGGGAGCGCUGGUUCAGUGCCGUCGCUGAGGUUGGACGCUGCAGGUCAGAAGGGAAAGAAAAUCUCAGGCGAAGAAGAAUCUACCGCCGCGGCUCCAGAGUCCUGUGGAGGCUGCUGACCCACGUCAACCUUCUGCUGCAACCUGCACAACCUGUCGACUGUGCAGUGCAGCAGCCAAUCAGCUGUGUGGAUGAUGACCAGUGUGUUGAAAAGGUUCUGGAUCUGCACUUGUCUGUGUUUAACCAGACACUGGAGGCCGGGAAGACGUUAUGUGAGACGAUUACGGACUCAGAACAUCAGAAUCAACUACAGUCAGAGCUCCAGGCCCUUGCAGAGACCUGGAAACAGAGUGUGUCACUGCUGCAGGGGAGGAGAGACCUGGUCCAGAGGACUGUCCAGACAUGGUCUCAGUGUCAGGACUCAGCAUCCAACAUCUUGACCCACCUGGACCAGGUGAGAACCAGGCUGACGCGGCGGCUGCCAAACGAAUCAGAGGAGUCCGAGGAAGAGAUGUUUAUGAAGGAGACACAGGUGUCUCUGCAGCGUUUGUCCACUGAUCUGAGGAGACUGGGAAGCAUGAAGACGGACCUGUCUCAGUACAUCGCGGCCGGCGACUCGGCUCUGCUGGCGCAGCAGCUGGAGCAACUUCACCUGCAGUGGGAAGAGCUGUGCACCAAGGUGUCGCUGAGAAAGCAGGAAAUUGCCGACCGUCUGAGCGCCUGGACUAUCUUCAACGACAAGAACAAGGAGUUCUGUGAUUGGCUGAUGCAGAUGGAGAACAAGGUGAACCACAACGUUGACCUGAGCAUUGAGGAGAUGGUGGAGAAGCUGAAGAAGGACUGCAUGGAGGAAAUUAACCUGUUCAGUGAGAACAAAAGUCACCUGAAGCACCUGGGGGAGCAGCUGCUGUUGGCCAGCGACGAGGCCACGCAGACGCAGGUGCACGGCUCCUUACAGGAAAUCAACCGACGGUGGCACGACCUCUUCAACCACAUCGAAGCCAGAGUAAAGAAGCUGAAGGAGACCCUGGUGGCGGUGCAGCAGCUGGACAAGAACAUGAGUAACCUCCGCUCCUGGCUCUCCAGGAUCGAGGCGGAGUUGUCCAGACCCAUCACCUACAGUGUGUGUCACCACCAGGAGAUCCAGAGGAGGCUGGCUGAGCAGCAGGAGCUGCAGAGGGACAUCGAGCAGCACACACAGGGCGUAACGUCGAUGCUCAGUCUCUGUGACGUUCUGCUGCGGGAUGAAGAUGCCGCUGGCCGCUGUGAGGCGGAGAGCGACUCCCUGCAGGAAACCAGCCGCAGCCUGGACCAGCGCUGGAGGACGAUCUGCGCCAUGGCUCUGGACAGGAGGCUGAGGAUCAAGGAAACCUGGAGGCUCUGGUGCAAGUUCCUGGAGGACUACUCACGGUUCGAGGAUUGGCUGAAGGUCGCUGAACGAACAGCCGCCAACCCUAACUCUGCAGGCGUCCUUUACACCACAGCCAAAGAGGAGCUGAAGAAGUUUGAGGGCUUCCAGAGACAGGUCCAUGAGCGGCUGACUCAGCUGGAAAUCGUCAACAACCAGUACCGUCGCCUGGUCCGGGAGAACCGCACAGACCGGGCCAGUCAUCUGAAGGCCAUGGUACGUGAGGGAAACAGACGCUGGGACACGCUGCACCGCAGGGUGGCAGCCAUUCUCCGCAGACUGAAGUACUUUACAAGCCAAAGGGAGGAGUUUGAAAACACCAGGGAGAACUUGCUGGUGUGGUUGACCGAUCUGGACCUGCAGCUGACCAACGUGGAGCACUUUUCAGAGAGCGACGUUCAUCACAAGAUACAGCAGCUCAAUAGCUUCCAGAAGGAGAUCACGCUGAACACGGAGCGCAUUGACGCACUCAUCGUGUUUGGAGAAGGUCUGAUCCAGAGAAGUUCACCGCAGGACGCGGCGCUGAUCGAGGAAGAACUGGAGGAGCUGCACACCUACUGCCAAGAGGUUUUCGGCAGACUGGUCCGCUUCCACCAGCGCCUCAGCCAGCCCCCGAUGGUCAAAGAAGAAGAACCUCCAGAGUUCCCCAGUUCCACCUUGUCCCUGGAUUCCAGUUUGGAGCUGAUUGGCCGACCCUGGCUGGGGCGGGGCUUUGGAAGCCUCCCGGCCACGCCCACUCACCUUCUGAGUUCUCCACUGGAGCGGUCAGGAUGUGAAACUCCAGUGAGUGUGGACUCACUGCCUCUGGAGUGGGACCACACGGGAGACGUGGGGGGGUCGUCGUCACAUGAGGAGGAGGAUGAUGAUGAUGAUGAAGAUGAAGGUCAGGAGGAGGAGGAGGGAAGUUACUUCAGUGCUCUGUCAGCUUCCAGCAGAUCCAUGUUCCUGCAGAAGUCAUCACUCUGGGCGUCGGCCGUCGAUGGUGAAGUUGAGGGUGAAGACACGCCCAAACUGACCAGCACGCCCAGGAAGCAGGGCUUUCUCGGUCUCACAUCUGAGUGCAGCGGCAGCAUCGAGAACAUCAAGAGAGUCUCACUGAUCCUGGACGACCACCAGGAGGAGCAGGUGCAGGAGCUCGGCCUGAUGGGAUUGGCAGCAUCUGACCAACAGUCAGGUGUGAUUGAGCGCUGGGAGCUGCUCCGGGUUCAGACCAGGGUGGAUCAGCAGGCCGACCCUCAGGAGCCUGGACAGCUUAGAACCGACCUGGACCAGCUCUCCUCCUGGUUAGAAGAUGUGACCCCACAGCUGGAGGUGGUCCAGAACUCCAACCCAGCAGCCAGCAUCGCUGACAUGGAGUCCAGAGCCAGGGACCUGAAGGAGAUGCAGAGAAGGUUCGCUCACUACAAGUCACUCAUGUUGUCCGUCAACCUGAGAGCAGAGACGGCUCCGGACCUGCAGCAGAGGCUGUGCAGCAUGAACAGAGACUGGAGCAGAGUGAGCACGGGUCUGCAGCAGUGGGACGCCGCUCUGAGGAAGACCCUGAUGAACUGCCAGGACUUUCACCAGACCCUUCACUCUCUGUUACUGUGGCUGGCUCACGCUGAGAGCAGACGCUAUGCAGUGGACAUCAACGAUCCACAGACGUCUGUCCGAGCCCUGCAGCAGCACCAGAACACGCUCACUGAUCUUCGUGAGGAGCUACAGACCAGGCAGAUCCAGCAGGCGUCGCUCCACGCUCUCUGGUCCCAGCUUCAGCCUGAGGACGGCACAGAGGACUGCGAUGAAGCCCAGGAGAAGCUCCACGUGACAAGCAACAAACUGAAGAUGCUGCUGAGGGACGUGGAGCAGGAUCUGAGUGGCUUAGCACCACGACUGGAAAGUCAGGCAACAUCUGACAGUGAAGGCCAGAGUUCUUCUGCAGAAUCUGCUGAGGAGGUUUCAACCUCCAGCACGGCUUCUUCUCCGCGAAGAGGACUGAGGGAGUCGUCGCCGCCACGCUCCUUCUUCUAUCGUGUUCUCCGUGCAGCUUUUCCUCUGCACCUCCUCCUGCUGCUCCUUCUGAUGCUCCCCUGCCUCAUCCCCAUGUCGGAGAGCAUUCCCAGCUGCUCUCUGGCAAACAACUUUGCCCGCUCUUUCUAUCCGAUGUUACGCUACACGAAUGGCCCUCCGCCCACAUGAGCAAGUUUUGUUUUUGUUAAAGAAUGAAAAUUUACUUUCUAUGACCAAAAGUUGUAAUUCAGUAUGUUUAUGUCCAUCUAUAUGAAUUUUACAUCAAAGUAGAGAGAAAUUAAAUCAUUAAUUUGCUUCUAUAUGUGUACAGAAUCAGGAACAGAGAGAAAAAUGUAAAAAGCAGCUUUUUUUUCCAUCACUGUUUUUUGUCACUAGGCAUUUUGAAGGUGUAAGAAAUUAAAAUAUGUGAUGAUGAGAAAUGAAAAAAA